AUGUCUAUCAGGGUUUGGUAACCUGAAUGACUGAACUGCAUUGCCCACCAUCUUACUCUGUGGGUUUGUAACAUUCUGAUGUUUUUUCCAGGUUGAAGAAAUGAUUGCAGAUAUACGUGAUGUUUUUAUAAAAACCUUAGAUGAACUUCCCUGGAUGGAUGCAGAGACCAAAAAGAGAGCAGAACAAAAAGCAACAGCAAUUAGAGAGAGGAUUGGUUAUCCCGAUGAGAUUGUGACAGAUGACAACAAGCUCAACAGUGAGUACCAGGAGUUGAACUACAAAGAAGAAGAAUACUUUGAAAACAUUAUUCAAAAUUUAGUAUUUACCCAGAAGAAAAGGUUGAAAAAGCUUCGAGAAAAGGUGGACAAAGAGGAGUAAGUA